UUAGAAGGGAACGGCGCAAAAGACAAGAGUCUCUUUUGUAAUGGGAGCGGGAUUAAAGAAUCAAGUGACCGGCUGCAGCUCCCAAGUGGGUUCCAGGCUCCUUAGAGCACCCAGUCUCUGUCAGGUUCAAUCCCCCAUGAGCCGGGAGGGGCAGUGGAAGGAGGGGGGUCACGUGUGCCGACAAAGGACCCAGCAAAGACACAUGCAGAACCAAACUUCCCAAGUCUUCGGUGCAGUCAGGAAGCCUGUGUCGGCUCUGUGAUGACGGUGACAUACACAAAUCGAGUAGCUGAUGCUCGCCUGGGCACCUUCUCGCAGCUGCUGCUCCGAUGGAAAGGGAGCAUCUACAAACUCCUCUACUGCGAGUUCUUCAUCUUCAUCACCUUCUACUUCAGCAUCAGCCUCACUUACCGGCUGAUGCUAAAUGCCAGCCAGAGGCUGAUGUUUGAGAAGCUGGCUCUGUAUUGCAACAACUAUGCGGAGCUGAUCCCAGUCUCCUUCGUGCUGGGUUUCUACGUGGCCCUGGUGGUAUCUCGCUGGUGGGGGCAGUACGAGAGCAUCCCGUGGCCCGACCGCAUCAUGAACCUGGUCUCCAGUAACGUGGACGGGCAGGACGAGUACGGGCGCCUCUUGCGACGCACCCUGAUGCGCUACAGCAACCUUUGCAGCGUGCUGAUCCUCCGCUCCGUCAGCACCGCCGUCUACAAGCGCUUCCCCACCACCGAGCACAUCGUGAGGGCAGGCCUCAUGACCCCAGAGGAGCACAAGAAGUUUGAGAGCCUGAACUCUCCCCACAACAAGUUCUGGAUCCCCUGCGUGUGGUUCUCAAACCUGGCUGUGAAGGCGCGGAACGAGGGCAGGAUCCGGGACAGCGUGCUGCUCCAGGGCAUCCUGAACGAACUAAACACCUUGCGGAGCCAGUGCGGGAGACUGUAUGGGUAUGACUGGAUCAGCAUCCCGCUGGUCUACACCCAGGUGGUCACGGUGGCUGUGUACAGCUUCUUCCUGGCCUGCCUCAUUGGCCGGCAGUUCCUGGACCCAGAAAAGAGGUAUCCUGGCCACGAGUUGGAUCUCUUUGUGCCCGUCUUCACUCUCCUGCAGUUCUUCUUCUAUGCUGGCUGGUUAAAGGUGGCAGAACAGCUUAUCAACCCAUUUGGAGAGGACGAUGAUGAUUUUGAAACCAACUGGCUCAUUGACAGGAAUCUGCAGGUCUCCCUUCUAGCUGUGGAUGACAUGCAUCAGGACCUACCUCUCAUGGAGAAGGACCUGUAUUGGAAUGAGUCCUACCCCCAGCCACCCUACACAGCAGCCACCGCUGAUUAUAAGCGGACAUCCUUUCUUGGCUCAACGUUUGACAUUAGCAUGCAGAAAGAAGAGAUGGAAUUCCAGCCGCUGGAACAAAUUAAAGAGAACGAGGAGGCAAACCACUCUACACCGCUGCUGGGACAUCUGGGCCGCCUGUUGGGGGUCCAGUCACCUAGUUUCUCCAGAUCAUCCUCCCGGCUGAACCUGCCACGCCGCAGGAAUGACCCUUUGUCUCCCUUUCCUCAGUACUUGUACCAGGAUGUGGGGAAACCUGGAAGCCCCUGCAGCACCAGUCAGCAAAGGGGGGAUUCCUCCCAUCCAGGCUCCAGCUCACAGGAGCAAUGGGACAAUGAAAACAGAAAAUUGAGAGAGUUUGAUGCCUUCAUAUCAACCCCUUUCUAUGAGAGACCUGGCUUUUAUAGCGCUCCACAGACACCAAUCAGCUCCAUCCCUAUGAACUUCCCAUCUAAACGCCAAGGACGCAAGAAGCCCCCUGCUCUUGCCAGCAUCAUGGCCUGUUCCACUUCAGCGAGAGACAACUUUGUCAGCUUGUCACCUUCCAGGGUUAGUGAUGUGGACAAGAGCCAGAGCUCCCUAAAGGAAACUUUUGUUUGGCCAGGAGAACAAGACAAAGCCCCUGACUCCCUGGUGCUGACAGUAGAGGAAGGAGAGAAAAACACUUUGAACAAUAAAACAAAUGAGGUUGCCCCUGUUAGAAGCCCAGGGAUUCAAUCAAUAGGAUUGGGAAGCCCCAAGUUUCCCUUCCUAGCAGAGUCCCCAGAUCACGAAAAACAGGGCAGCUUCAAGAGCUUGAAGAGUCUGAAAAGCCGACAACCCUGGCUAACACUGGAGAACAUGACACCCGCUGCCACCCCAAACUCAGAUAACCCAAGCAACUUUCAUACCCCCAACAUGAGAACUCCUGGCAGCAGUGGGCCCCUCUUCUUCUCAUUCACCCCUGUGACAUCCCCACUGCUUGAGAGGUCACACUCCAGGAAUCCAGAUACUGUUCCCAGUCCAAGCUCAGACCAUGCAAGCAGGGCCCCAGCCCAGACUUCCAUAGAGACUUCUGGGACUGGGAGAGAGACAGGAAGUGGCCAUGCUAGUGCUCAUCACAUUGAGGAGCAGAAGAGAGCAGACAGUCCCUCACCUAAUGACUCCGGUAUCUCCUUGGCAGAGGGUGACUAUGUGGGGCUGAUGGAGGUGAUCAUGGAAACCAGUGAGACUGUGUCUGAUGAAGGGAAAAGGGAAAGUGGAUAGAUACAACUAAAUGAAGAGACCUGUUGGUUCCUUCCAACUGCAGAGAUACCAGCCCUAUCGAUAAUACUGUAGUGUCUUUACAAUGGUCAUUGGUGCUCACUGUGCAUAAAGCUUCUACAAAGAGGCAAUGCUACUAUAUCAACCACAUACUGCCACGGGGGAGAAGUGCAGUACCUGAUGGAUGAUGCAAUGGACCUGGUGCUGACUGGACAAAUUCACAGCACUUCAGUGACACACCAUUUCAGAAUACCAAUAUAACUAAUGCAAAAAGAUUUUACAGAAUUCAUAAAAUUCUUUAUUAGUGGCGAGCAGGAGACAGGAGCAACAGGACACCAGCCUUUUAGUACCUGGGGUACAGAAACAGAUUAAAUCAGAAGUCUGUUUCUUAAAUAUGCCUGGAAGGUUGACCCACAUGGUAACCACACUACCACUCAGCUUUAUGAAUGUUUGCCUCAAGAGACCCCAUAACAAGUGCAGGGGAUACAUGUAAACAUUAGAAAUGUGAAGUUUGGGGAGGGACAAUUAGGAUAGCCAGAUAUCCAGAGGAAGGAACUGGAAUAAACAGCAGGCAGCUGAUUUACAUUACAAAAUGCAGGUAGUUGAUAUCUUGGAUUAAUCAGAAGCAAACAAGUAGAGACCUGAAAAGAUACAGAUGUAGACAAAAGUUCUGUCUACACAAAAACAAGUCAGAUAGCCAGUGAUGCAGAUAUCCACAGAUUUGGAGGACUCUACAAAUCAACAACAAAAAACCUACUAUUGCUUCCACUCCAAUUUUUUUCCUUCCCCAGUAUUUUGUCCCUUCUGUCCAUGCCUCCUCCCCCCAGUUCACCUACACACUUUGAGCAAUUAGCGCUCAUUAAAAAAGUAGUUUAUGGUAAGUAAGAAAUAUGGAAUGGAAAAAAAAACCAACUUUGUCAGUGUGGUUUAGAAUAGAAUUCUGACUAAGAAAAACCAGAGGUCAAACAAGAAACUCCACUUCCUCAUUGCAGUUUCAAGAAGCUACAUCAGUGAGCAGUCAUCCCUAGCUUUUUGUUAGAUGCUCCUGACCCAUAGCAGUUUGAACAUAAGCAAUGGAGACAGAAACCUUUUAAAGGUCACACUUCCUCCAUCUAGUUCAUGCAGAUUUUUCAUUUUAAGACCCUACACACACACCCCUAACUUGUUACACCCAUUUUGCUAGCUACAGAAGAAAGCGGAUGCAUAUUUAAAAAAAUCAACUGUGUAAGUAUUGGAUAUUAGAGACAAAUUUGAACUGAGUUUCAGUAAAGAUGGGAUGAGACUUUAUAGGAGUCAAAUUGGAAAAGGCUGCUCUGCAGUAUAAAUGAGAAGUGUGCUUCAAAACCAUAGCCCUGAUGUCCAUGACUUGCAGUAAUUUUCAAAAACAAUGUUGUGUAAACUGUAUCUCCCCUUUACCCUAACCCAGAUACCCAAGAUAUCACUGGCUUAGCUUGCCCUUCACCCAAACUAAACUGAAGCAUUGCACUUUCCCUCUGAAAGAGGUCCUUAGAGAUAGCCUAAGAACCCCACCCUACUGAAGAGGGUUAAUUCUACAUUUCUUACUGUCACAAAGCAUUUGGCUGAAGUAUCUAACUUUUCUUCUGUGCUGUUUCAGUAGAGGAAGCUAGCUGCUAAUGUUCCUGAAAGCACAAAAUUUCUGGGGGUGAUAUCUAUAGAUAUGGACAAACAUUUGAGUAUGAGCAUAUGUAGCAAAGCUUUGGUUCUGUUUUGGUCACUUCCUUUAUGAUUAGCUUGCCCACUGCAGAUUUCAGACCGUCCAAGUCCCUCCAUUGUACUGAAAGUAGCUAAAUUGUCUCUGUACCCAUGAGCAUAUGCUCAUGGAAUAAUCCCUACAGCAGAUCCAAGUGGUAGGGAAUGCCUCUCCUACUCACUCUGUCAACUGAAGUAUGCCUGUGGAGCUGUGGUGAACACAAAGGAAUAGUGCCUAGUCAGUGAUGCAAGAUACACCCCCCUCAUAAUGAAUUAACACAGUUUGCCCCCAUCCCAAGAUGGAUCAUCCUCAGAGGAGAUA